GAAAGAGACCCUUCUCUUAAGACAGAAGAUGAACCUCCAGGGGCCACCCUGAAGCCACUAGUGUUCCGUGUGGACGAGACCACCCCAGAAGUAGUGCAGAACGUCCUGCUGGAGCACCUGGGGUGGGGAUUUGACGAGCAGGAGCAGAAUGUUGAAGACUGGAAUCUGUACUGGAGGACUUCCUCUUUUCGAAUGAUUGAGCACAUCAAUGUCAAGCCAUGGCAGCGACUCAGCCUCCACCCAGGGAUGACCAAGCUCACCAGGAAGGACYGUCUGGCCAAGCACCUGCAGCACAUGCAGAGGAUGUAUGGCACCACCCUCUGAGUUCAUGCCCCAGACGUUGUCAUGCCCAACGACUACACCAAUCAGAAUGAGUACUUCAAGGAGAAGCAAAUGCUGGGCACCAAGCACGGCCAUUGGAUAUGCAAGCCAGAACCAUCUCGUGGGAGGGGGAUAAUAAUUGUCAGUGACGUUAAAGACCUAAUCUUUAGUGAUACAUAUAAGGUACGGAAAUAUAUCUGCAACCCUUUACUUGUCAGUAGGUAUAGUGACCUCCGCCUCUAGGUCUGUGUCACUGGCUUUAAGCCUUUGACAAUUGUGUAUCAAGAAGGGUUAGUAUGGUUUGCUACAGAAAAGUUGGACCUCCAUAAUUUGAAAAACUACUACUGCGGCAUUUACUAUGCACAUUUGACCAACAGCAGCAUCAUUAAAUCUGGAGUCCCCUAUGAGAAGAUCAAGGAAGUAGUCGGUCACAGUUGCAAGUGGACCCUCAGCAGGUUCUUCUCCUACCUUCGAAAUGGGGAUGUGGACGACCUGCUUCUGUGGCAGAAGAUCAACAAUGUGGUUAUCCUCACCGUCCUUGCCGCAGUCCCAUCAGUCCCCUUCGCUGCCAACUGCUUCGAGCUCUUCGGGUUUGAUAUCUUGAUUGAUGACAACUUGACGUGGCUCUUGGAAGUGAACCACAGCCCCACCUUGUCCUUAGACUGCCCGACAGAUGUUGAAGAGGAAACUCAUCCAGACAUCAUCGAACUGAUUUGCUUCAAUGGCCUGAGGGCCGAGGGGAGGGAGUUCACAUCCCUGCAACACCAGGAGCGCCCCGAGCAGCCCAGACCCCACGCAGGGAACCUUGUGCUCAUUUUUCCUUUCAAUGAAGCUACCUUGGGAGCCUCCGGGAAUGGACCGAGUGUCAAGAGGACCACCCAGGAGCUGCAGAAGCCGGCAGAGCAGCAGCCCAAGUGCAGGAAGUAA